AUGCAUAUCCGGGACAUGUUGGCGGAAGCCGAGAGAACCGGCGAGCCGUCCUUUUCGUUCGAGUACUUCCCGCCUAAGACGGCCCAGGGCGUGCAGAACCUGUACGACCGCAUGGAGCGCAUGUACAACUUUGGCCCCAAGUUCAUUGACAUCACCUGGGGCGCCGGCGGCCGCAUCGCCGAGCUGACGUGCGAGAUGGUGGUCCAGGCCCAGGCCUACCUCGGGCUCGAGGCCUGCAUGCAUUUGACAUGCACCGACAUGGGUGAAGAGAAAGUCAACGACGCCCUGCGCAAGGCUUAUAAGGCCGGUUGCACCAACAUCUUGGCCCUCCGCGGCGACCCGCCACGCGACAAGGAGAAGUGGGAGGCUACCGAAACAGGGUUCCGCUAUGCCCGCGAUCUUGUCGCCCACAUCCGCAAGAUGUACGGUAACCACUUCGAUAUUGGUGUUGCCGGCUACCCGGAGGGCUGCGACGACAACAAGGAUGAAGACUUACUGCUCGACCACCUAAAGGAAAAGGUCGACAUGGGUGCUUCCUUCAUCGUCACCCAGAUGUUCUACGAUGUGGACAACUUCCUCCGCUGGGUCGGGAGGGUUAGGGAACGUGGCAUCACUGUGCCCAUCGUCCCGGGAAUCAUGCCUAUUGCCACCUAUGCCAGCUUCCUGCGCCGGGCGAACCACAUGAAUUGCAAGAUUCCCGAAGAAUGGCUGGCGAAGCUCGAACCGGUCAAGAACGACGAUGUGGCCGUCCGUGAGGUUGGCAAGACGCUGGUCGCCGACAUGUGCCGCAAGAUCCUUGCCGCUGGUAUCCGUCAUCUGCACUUCUACACCAUGAACCUCGCCCAGGCGACUCGCAUGGUUCUGGAGGAGCUGAAUUGGUUGCCUUCCCCCGACCGCCCACUCAAGCAGGCGCUCCCUUGGAAGCAAUCCUUGGGUUUCGGGCGCCGUGGCGAGGAUGUCCGGCCCAUCUUCUGGCGCAACCGCAACAAGUCGUACGUGGCGCGCACCCAGGAGUGGGACGAGUUUCCCAAUGGCCGCUGGGGUGACUCGAGGUCUCCGGCCUUCGGCGAGCUGGAUGCCUACGGCAUUGGUUUGACCGGCACCAACGAGCAGAACCGUCAGAAGUGGGGUGAACCUACCUGCAUCCAGGAUAUUGCCAACUUGUUCGUUCGUUACUUGAACAAGGAGAUCGAAUAUCUCCCCUGGAGCGAGGCGCCGGUGGCAGAAGAGGCUGACCUGAUCAAGAACGAGCUGAUCGAACUAAAUCAGCGGGGCCUGAUUACCGUGAACUCACAGCCAGCUGUCAACGGAGUCAAGUCGACCCACCCUGUUCACGGUUGGGGCCCUUCGAAUGGCUACGUCUAUCAGAAGGCUUAUCUCGAGAUGUUCGUCUCGCCCGCGCUCUUCCCAGAGAUCAAGCGGCGCAUCGAGAACCACCCAGAUCUGACAUACCAUGCCGUGACCAAGUCCGGCAAUCUUCACACCAACGCCCAGUCCGAGGGACCCAACGCUGUCACCUGGGGCGUGUUCCCGGGCAAGGAGAUUGUCCAACCCACUAUUGUGGAGAGAAUCAGCUUCCUCGCUUGGAAGGAUGAGGCAUUCCAGUUGGGCACCGAGUGGGCUCGUUGCUACGACGCCGGCAGCCCAAGCCGUCUCGUCUUGGAUGAAAUCAUGAACACCUGGUACCUGGUCAAUAUCGUUAAUAACGAUUUCCACCGUGGACAUACUAUUUUCGAAGUUCUCAGUGGUCUGGAGGUUCCAGACUUGGACACGGUUCCGCAGCCACAGACCAACGGGACUAAAGCACACACGCACGGCGCCCCUAACGGCGUCGAUGCGUCAGCAUAA